AUGGUAUCACUCCAAUGGAUAACCUACUCUAAUGACUUACCAGAAAUUAUACAACACUCGCUGCGCACAGAUCCUGGAUUGGCCGUGAUCCGAAACGAAUCUAUGGUGAUCAUCUUACCACCGGACGAUCCUUACAUGAUCCUCUAUCUCGAAAUCUGUAGUUCAUUUACUGCCUUUACUGUCUCCUCAAUUCCGGUGGUAUGCAUCGGAAUCCCGUUCACAUUUUUCUUGCUGGCUGCGAUUGGGUUUGAAUUUGUUCCUGAUAUUCUUGUCGCCUUAUGUACAUUAAUUGGCUCUACACAUACUAUGCUGAAUUCGUUGAUUACACUCUGCUUAAUCCCUCCUUAUCGACGUUUCUUCUUUGCUUUUGUAAAAGGGGUGUGCCAGAUGAUUGUCCAUUCGAUUUCUAACGUUUUUGGGAGACGAGAUAUGCUCGCGCCGAUCCUCUGCUAUUCACACCCAGCUCAUCAGAUUUCCAUUAUCACUGUACAGAUGCAGACGACAAAGCAC